GUAUAAAAGGGCUACACAGCGUGUUUCGGUUCUACUUUGGUGGUGAAAUCGAAUCGAUACGUAUCAAACAAUGUCAGGCCGUGGUAAAGGUGGCAAAGUGAAAGUAAAGGCAAAGUCCCGUUCAUCCCGUGCUGGGUUGCAAUUUCCGGUCGGCCGUAUCCAUCGUCUGCUACGCAAGGGCAAUUAUGCGGAACGAGUGGGGGCCGGAGCUCCAGUUUAUCUGGCAGCCGUAAUGGAAUACUUGGCUGCUGAAGUUUUGGAAUUGGCCGGAAAUGCUGCUCGUGACAACAAGAAGACCCGAAUCAUUCCCCGCCAUCUGCAGUUGGCCAUUCGCAACGAUGAAGAGCUGAACAAAUUGCUGUCUGGCGUCACGAUUGCACAGGGCGGAGUACUGCCCAACAUUCAGGCCGUACUUUUGCCAAAGAAAACUGAAAAGAAAGCUUAAAUUUGCCAGACCAUCUGCUACCGUUUCCAAACCGUCCUUUUCAGGACGACCGAUUAAGCCCGGAAAGAGUUUAUUCGAAGCUUUUCGUACCCAGGUGGUAGGGGGAAUGCGACUUGUGUGAUGCAAAAUUACACUUCUGAUAAUGUGCACUAUUGCAGUCUUUUCAUAUUUGUCUGAUUUUUGAAAAAUUUAAUAAAUAUAAUGAUGUUAC